AUGCUCGCUAGUGGCCGCGACUCGAACCACCUAGUGUACAAAACCGCCCCGAAAGAUCCUAACUGGAUAUUUGCUGGACCGGAGUUCCACGCCCUCCAUCAUGUUUACCCAGAUCGUUAUAUUGGGAAACGCUUCGUGAUCACGGGUGGAAGCGGAGCCUUUGGCCAAGCUAUUGUGGCGGAGCUUGAACAAGAAGGAGUGCAGAGCGUUCGGGAUUUGAAGUUCGGCGUUGACUGGGACCAUCAGCACCUUGAAAAGGCUACUGCCGAGCUUUCCGCGUGUGACGUCCUCAUCCUAGCGCACAAUACCGAGGACCAAGAUGCAGAUUGCAAUUCUGCAGUCCAGCUGGUGCGACUAUUCAAACAGAAUAGAUCUUUCAGCGAGACCAGUCCGACGCUGCCAGAAGUGUGGUACGUUGGUAGUGAGCUUGAAUUACUUCCAUCCUUUGGAAAUGAACAACUACAACGUUACUCUCAGUCAAAACGACGCUUCCUCCCAUAUGCUCGCUCUUUCUUCGACGAUCCUGACAUACUUUACCGUCACAUUGUCCCUUCAUCUUUUUGGUUACCUAUAGGGACAGUUACACUCCCAGCAGGCUGGGCAGCUAGGUGUGCAAUGUGCUGGAUCCGGAGAGGUGCCCGAUAUAUUCCUGCUACAUAUCCGGGAAUUGCAUACUUGAACUACCUCAAGUUUAUGUAUUGGGUUCCCUACGCACAGGAUACAGAUAAAUUGUAA